UCGGCACCCGUUCACCUCGGACGGCCGCGCGAACAGCAGCCUCCGGCAGACAUCGGCGUCACCAUGUCUGUGGCCACAAGUGACAGCCCAGCCAAAAUUCCCACGGCCCGUCGAGCGUCUGAAGUGGAACCCAAAAUUGCCGAGCGAGUAUGCUGCUCCGAGGGCCUCUUGCCGGAAAACUACGUCGAGAUGUUCACAAAGAUCGCGGGCAAGUUCGAGCUCUGUCUCGACGAAAAUGACAAAGUGGUCGCCAGCCUGGCGACGAUUGAAGUCUCAGACGACGCCCUCUACUUAGGCCUGAUGAGUAUGAGCCGGCCGGACAGCUGGCCGUACGUCUACCAGCUCUGCAAGGACACGGUCGAGAAGCACGCCAACAAGAACGUGUUUGCACGCGUCACGGAUGAGAUGGAGCGAGCCUGCAAGAUCACAGACGUGCUACCCGUACGCUCACCCUGGAUGCUCGUAAAGACGGUGGCCAAGGUGAUAGAGCCCUGCCGGCUUGUCUACCGCAUCCCAGGAGUCACAAUGCAACCGACGACGCCGCAGAACUUGACGGAAGUGGCUCUUUACGAUGAGCACGUCAUGAAGAGCCAGCGGGACGACUACCUCUCGGCGCUGACCUCCGACAAGGGCAGCUUCGGCCGGGUGGCUUACGAGAAAGGCGCCGUGUGCGGCUUUCUGGUAGCGCACCGACUGCCCGACGGCUCCGCGAUCGCCACGCACCUGGUGGCGGACGACAAGCAUGUGGCCAAGAUGCUUCUGCUGGAGGCGCAGAACAGCUUCCCACCGGCUGCGCAAAAAGGCAUCGUGCUCGUCGUGCCGCUCAUGGACGAAAGUGACAAGCCUGGCUCCUACAGUUUCGCCGAGGACCUACGACUGGUCGGGGACAGGGUGUCCUGCUUGCUCUUCAGCCGCUGCGCACUGCCCCUCGCGUAUCAGAAGAUCUACUCUCUGGGAGACUUCGUCUGAUCAGCGUCCGCGAGUGCCAGGGGCCUCGAAAUAAACAAGUUGCAGGUGCACGCGCGUAUUAAUGCAUUCGAAUUAGGAGCGUCAACGUGAAAAAAUGUGUGUUUGUGAGGGUGUGCGUGUGUGAAGUCUGGGACGUCUGCGAAUACAUAUAUAUAGAGAUAGA